AUGGCCUCUUCGAUACUAAUGUCCUUUGCUCCGGGCACUGUGAGGUGCUUUGCCACGGGGGCUAAGGGAACCAGCAGCACUAGCACCACGAAAGAAGAGAAGAGUAUCAUCGACUUCGUUCUUGGCAGUUUAACAAAGCAAGAUCAGUUUUACGAGACUGAUCCCCUCCUCAAGAAGGUGGAUGAGAAAGAUGGAACCACUGGAAGUAACGGUGGCCGGAAAACGAUUUCUGGCGGAAAGAACUCGGUGGCAGUGCCGCAAAAGAAGAAUGGUGAUGGCUUUGGUGGUCUCUUUGCCAAGAAAUGAGGAAAAUAAACAAGUAAAUAUUUGUGUAAUCUGCGUCCUAUCCAUUUGAAAAGUUUUAUUGAUUCUUCGUACAUUGAUAUCAUAUAAAAAACUUCAUGUUAUUCAACGAUAAUGGACUUCAACUGUGCCAAUUUAAGUUUGUAUAUAAU